AUGGAAAUUAUAUGCUCAAGAGAGGGACGAUGUAACACUCAGCAAACAGAGAAAAUUAAAUCAUUUGCAAGGCACAACAACAAAAGAUCCGAAAGAAAAAGAAAAUCAGUUGAUGAACAAUUCUUUUUCUUGAGAAGAAGUGACGACACAAAUACAGGUUAUUCAUUGCUCUUACACUCCUCUUCUUGUUGCAAUUGUCAAUGUGAAAGCCUUUUACUUUUUGUUGGUACAAUUGUCAAUGUGAAAAGUGUCAACAAUGUAUUUGAUAAAAUAUUUAUGGAGAUUGGAUCUAGUCAGUCUCAAAGUGGAUGUAAUGUGCUCAUAAAACUUGGGAUGGAAUUUGAUUCAGAUGAGCAUGCAUAUGAAUAUUACAAUAAAUACGCUGGUGUAAUUGGUUUUAGCGUAAGGAGAGAAUAUGCUAACAAAAAUAAAGUCCGAGGGUACGUGACUUCAAGAAAAUUGGUAUGUUAUAAAGAAGGUUAUAGAGAUAAACACAAACGAGAUACGAUGGUUCAAAAACAUAGAAAUGAAACUAGGACGGGGUGCUUAGCUCAUUUUAGUGUUAGUCGUCAAUCAAAUGGAAUGUUUCGCAUCACUUCAUUUGAAGAGAAACAUAAUCAUCCUCUUGUUCCUUCUUCUUUGGCUCAUAUGUUACCCUCACAAAGAAAGAUAAAAGUUGCUCAAGCAUAUGAAAUUGACUUAUUAGAUGAUUCAGGAAUAUGCCCUAAAGCUUCAUUUGAUUAUGCUGCUCGUCAAGUUGGAGGACAAUCUUUUCUAGGUUACACAAGGAGAGAUCAAAAGAAUUAUCUUCGGGAUAAAAGAAAAGAUAGUUUGAAACAUGGGGUGGCUCGUAGUUUGGUUGAUUAUUUUGAGAAACAAAUACUAGAAGAUCCUGCUUUUCGGUAUUCUUUAGAUCUAGAUGACGAUGGUUUGAUAACUAAUGUAUUAUGGGCUGAUGGAAAGAUGAUAAGAGAUUUUAAGAUUUAUGGAGAUGUUGUGUCCUUUGAUACAACAUAUAGAACAAAUAAAGAGUAUCGACCCUUGGCGUUGUUUGUUGGUUUAAAUAACCAUAGGGAAAUGGUUAUAUUUGGUGCAGCCCUUCUAUACGAAGAGUCAACUGAAUCAUUUGUAUGGCUUUUAAAUGCAUUCUUUAAGAUUAUGUCUGCGGAUAAACCACAAACAUUUUUCACUGAUCAAGAUCCCGCUAUAUCUGCUGCUAUAUCAUUUGUAAUGCCCAAAACAUAUCAUCGCCUUUGUGUAUGGCACUUGGAAAAGAAUGCAUUUAAACAUCUUAAUCAUAUCUUUAGAGCUAAUGAAUCAUUUCCAAGAGAUUUUAGCAAAUUGCUUUAUGAUUAUGAGUAUGAGGAGGAUUUUUUAAGUGCAUGGCAGGAAAUGCUUGAGAAAUAUGACCUUGAGGAUAAUAGUUGGUUGAAAAACACAUUUGUUGUAAGAGAGAAAUGGUCCAUGACAUACGGAAGACAUACAUUCUCAGCAGGUAUGCGAAGUACACAAUUAAGUGAGAGUUUUAAUGGAUCUUUAAGGGGAUAUUUAAAAUCUGAUUUGGAUAUUGUUCAAUUUUUUAAGCAUUUUCAAAGAUCAGUUGAUGAUAAGCGUGCCAAUGAGAAUAAGUCAAAUUUUGACAUGACUCAAAGAAUACCUAUUUUAAAGGUUAAACUUCCUUUAUUGAUUCAUGCUAGGGAAGUAUACACCCCAACUAUAUUUGAUAUGUUCCAAAAUGAAUGGGAAAGAUCACUACUGGUUUCCAUAAAGGACUCUUAUAGUGAAGGAGAAUUAUGUACCUAUAAUGUUAGCACUCUUGGAAGUGUUAAGGAGCAUGCUGUAACUGUUAAGCAAUCAGUAACUCAAGUUUCUUGCAGCUGCAAAUUGUUUGAAUUUUUGGGUAUACUAUGUAGACAUGCUUUAAAGAUUCUGGAUUUACUAAAUGUGAAGGAUAUGAUUCCGGUACAUUAUAUAUUAAAGCGGUGGACAAAAGAUGCUUCUAACAUGAACGAGGUAGAUAUCGAUCUAGUAGAAAAAGAUAGUGAUCCAAAAGUUGAAGUUACUGCAAGGUACAGACAUUUAUGCCAUACUUUUGUUCAAAUUUCAAGUGAAGCUUCAGAAUCCACAGAAGGGUAUGAAUUGGCCGCAAAAGGUGCGAAUGAGAUAAUUGCCAAGUUAAAGGAUAUCAAGAAGAGAAAUGAAUCGCCUGAAAAGUUGGCUCCAAGCAAGAGUAUUCAGAACGAACCGAGUGAAAUAAUAUUUAUUGACAACACAAAUGUCACAAAGGUGACCGGGUUAAAAAGAAAGGAACCAACUCGUCGCUCUAAUACUCGGCCAAAGAGUUUUACGGAAAAGUCCAAGAAGAAAGGUAGGACUUCGUUGCCAAAAUCUCUUCAAUGCCAAACUAAGCAGCAGUUAGAUCACCUUCCCUGUCUUCAAGUCCCAUGUACACCUUUAUCAGAUACAUCAAAUGAUAUGGGUGUGACAGAAGGAAGUUUUCCUCCAUUGUGCCCUCCACAGUUGUCUCAAGGGUCAUCUAAUGGAAGUUUGACUCAACUCUUAAGAGAUGUUUCAUUUCAUGAUUUAAACAAGUAUUCUCAACAUUGAUUAUGGCAAAUUCGUGAACGCAGAGGUUACAUGGUGAUCGUGUCCGGCAUAGUAGCUUGUUUCCGUUCAUAGGUUUUUUACUAGUGUGCAAUUGACAUUCGCCAAUGUGAAUUGAGCCUUUUUUUUUUUUUUCAUGUCAAGGUUGUAACCCACCUGUGGAUGUUGGAAUUUGUUUGUCCCUUAUAGAAGUAUGUUUUGAGUUUCCUCUUCUCAAUUCCAAUUUCCCUUAUAUCGAAGAACUGAACAAUCUUCAACUUUGGAACUACAAUAAAGUAAUGUUUUUUAUGCUUAUUUGGUUGUGCAACUGCAUUGAAUCAUUUGUUGCAUGAUAUUUACCCUGUUUUUUGGUAGCAAGAGAAAAGGCAAUUGCCAAUGUAAUCAAGACAAAUAUAUUUGGAAAGAGAAAGGUGCUUCGUGUGCUUGGAUUUCAUCAGCAAGACUAGUUUGGGAUUUUUAUUUCAUGGGAAUUCUGACUGCAAAUACAGUUGAAAUGAA